GUGUCGGACACAUCAUGCCAGGCAGGAAGAAGACCACUAAGGUGUCGACGGCUCAAGCUGUCAAGAGCGUCGAGUCUAGAGAGGAGGAGGUCACCGAGGAGGGGGAUUUGGGAGGUGGGGGCGAUGGUGCCCAGGAAGUGGGCAUGGAUGUUGAUCAAGACUUCUCCACUGGCUCCACAUUCCUUCGUAGAGAGUUCAACCCUGAAGAUUACGGAACGAUUGAGGUGCCUCCUGCUCCAGAGAAAGUUGCCACGUAUGACGUCAAUGGACCACGUCUAAUGAUAACCCACAUCGAGAAUGAAAACUUCAAAUCCUACGCUGGUAAACAGACUUUAGGGCCAUUUCAUAAGAGUUUUACGUCGAUCGUUGGUCCAAAUGGCAGUGGUAAAUCCAAUGUGAUCGACUCCAUGCUGUUUGUGUUUGGUUUCCGUGCCAACAAGAUCCGCUCCAAGAAAAUAAGCGUCCUCAUCCACAACAGUGAUGAACAUCGUGACACCCAGUCUUGUACCGUGGCCGUGCACUUCCAGAAGAUCAUUGACACAGGGUCUGGAGAAAAUGACUAUGAGGUUGUUCCGAACUCCAAGUUCGUGGUUUCCCGUACUGCAGGGCGUGACAACAGCUCUUACUACUGUGUUAAUGGGAAACGUGCAACAUGGAAAGAAGUGGCAACUUUGUUGCGAGGAAAUGGGAUUGACCUUGAUCAUAACAGAUUCCUCAUCCUUCAGGGUGAGGUGGAGCAGAUUGCUAUGAUGAAGCCUAAAGGUCAGACAGAACAUGAUGAAGGCAUGCUGGAGUUUCUGGAGGACAUCAUUGGCAGUAGUCGCUACCAGGAGCCCAUUGAACAGCUGUCAAAACGUGUGGAGGAACUCAACGAACUCCGCGGAGAGAAGCUGAAUAGAGUUAAGACUGUGGAAAAAGAGAAGGACAACUUGGAAGGUCCAAAGAAUGAGGCUUUGGAGUAUCUACGAUUGGAGAACGAAAUUAUCCGACAGAAGAACACACUUUAUCAGAAAUUUCUGCACGUUUUUUCCCAUGAGGAACAGAAAGCUGUUGAGGAGAGAGAUCGGAUAAAAGAAGGCAUGACAGGGUUGACGACUAAACUAGAUGAGCUCAGUAGCCAGAAGAAAGAGAAGAAUAAGGACCUACAAGAAAUAUACAAAGAAUAUGAAGCGACGGUGAAGGCUUGUGAGGAAAGAAAGGACGAGUUUGCUGAAUUUGAAAAACAAGAUGUAAAGUGCAGAGAAGAUUUUAAGCACUGUAAAGCCAAUGCAAAGAAACUGGAGAAAUCUUUAGAGCAAGAAAAAAAGAAGGUUGAGGAGCUACAAAAAGUGCCUGAGCAGAGUGAGAAGGCCAUGGAGAGGCUAACAAAAGAGUUGGAGGAGAAGGAGGUGAACAAAGCCAAAGAGGAAGAGAAGCUGAAAGCUGUCAUGGACUCUCUGAAAACCGAGACCCAGGGACUUCAAGAAGAGAAAGAGAAGAGCCAAGAAGAGCUACUGGUACUGCAAACAGCUGUGAACGAAACCAAAUCAAAGUUUGAGGUGGCUCAAUCAGAACUGGAUAUCUACCUCAGUAAUCAACAGUCUGAGAAAAACAAAUUGGAAACUGCCCAAAAGAAUCUAGAGAGAACAACAACCUUGCUGAAGGAGCGCAAAAAGGAAGUGGCAGAGUUUGAACAAAAGAUUCCAGAAGCUGAGAAAUCCCUGAAACAAAUUCACAAUGAUUUACAGACGGCCAUCCAAACUGAAGCUCAAGCGACCCAGGAGCUCAAAGAUUUGCGAGUCAAAGUGGAAACAGCAAAAUCCUCCAUGGAAGCGUCCAAGAGCCGCGGGAAAGUGCUGGAAGCUUUGAUGGUGGAAAAACGCAGCGGGAAACUGGCGGGUGUCAGCGGGAGACUGGGUGACCUUGGUGGAAUUGAUGAGAAGUAUGAUGUUGCCAUAUCGACAGCUUGUGGUUCGCUUGACAACAUCGUCGUGGAUACGAUCGAUACUGCCCAGAAAUGUGUCGAGUUCCUCAAGAAAAACAACGUUGGCUCAGCAACAUUCAUCGGCCUGGACAAGAUGCAGAAGUGGAAAGAGCAUGCAAAACGAAAAAUACAAACGCCUGAAGGUGUGCCACGACUGUUUGACCUUGUGAAGGUUAGAGACGAAAACAUCCGAAUGGCGUUUUACUUUGCUCUUCGUGACACUCUUGUUGCCAAUGACCUUGAACAAGCUACAAGAAUUGCUUACGGGAAAACUCGCUUCAGGGUUGUCACCCUUCAUGGACAGCUGAUUGACACCUCUGGCACAAUGAGCGGUGGUGGGAAAAGUGUCAGCAAAGGUCGCAUGGGAUCAUCAGCUGUGUCACAAGAGUUCAACCCUACACAGGUCAAGGUCAUGGAAACCAACCUGGAAAAGUUGAUGAUGGAGGCACAGCAGGUGCGAGACAAUAAGAACAAGUUAGAGGAGACUGUUCAUAGUGUGGAGAAGUCAGUGACGCAGAUGAAACACACGCUGGCAAAACACAAGAUGGAGAUAGCUGCGAUGACUGAAGAUGAAGUUCAGCUGAAAGGUCAGAUCCAGGAGCAGGAGGCCAAGGUCAAGGCUGCGGCCCCUGACGAGAAAACCCUAAAGGACAUGCAGACCAAGGUCAACAACUAUAAGAAAGAUUAUGACAAGGCUACAGCUGUUGCCUCCAAAGUGGAAGCUGUGGUUCAAAAACUUCACAACCAGAUAAUGGAGAUUGGCGGGUCCAAAAUGAGUGCUGCUCAGUCGCGAGUUGACGCGAUCACAGCGCAGAUUGAUGAGACUACGGGACAAAUCACCAAGCUUAAAGUGGGCAUUAAAACUGCAGAGAGGAACCUUAAGAAAGCGGAGACCAAGAUGAAGUCCUUAGAGGAUGACAUCCAGGAGAAUCAGGAGAAGCUGGUCACUCUGGAGAAUCACUUCAAACAGCUGGAGGUGGAUGCUACCAAAGUCUUAGAGAGUUAUCAGACAGCCCAGGAACAGAUCAAAGUGAUUGAGAAAACGCUAGAAGAAAUAAAAGGGGAGAUAACCAAGGUGGAAGAAGAGGAGACAGCUCUGCAGAAAGACAAUGUCAAUGUUAAACAUGAACUUGAGAAGAGGGAAGCCAAAGUGAAGGAGAGUCAGGCAAAUAUUAAACACUGGAAAAAAGAGCUAGGAAAACUGACCCUGCACAAAAUAGAGAAGGAUGACUGUGAAGAGUUACCUACCCUUAGUGAGGACGAUCUGGAGGCAGUAAAUCAGAAAGACGUGGACUACAAGGUCAUGGUGGCAGAGGAACAGCUGGCAGACAUGAAACCCAACAUGGCCGCCAUUGAAGAGUUCAAAAAGAAGGAGGAGGUGUAUCUGCAGAGGGUGGCUGAGCUGGAGCAUAUCACAGAGUUCCGUAACCAACAGCGACAGUACCACGAGGAGCUGCGCAAACAGAGACUGGAUGAGUUUAUGGCUGGCUUCAGCCUGAUCACUAACAAGCUUAAAGAAAUGUACCGCAUGAUCACGCUCGGGGGCGACGCCGAGCUUGAGCUGGUUGACUCCCUCGACCCGUUUUCUGAGGGCAUCGUAUUCAGUGUCCGGCCCCCGAACAAGUCUUGGAAGAACAUUUCCAAUCUUUCUGGAGGGGAGAAAACACUGAGCUCUCUGGCUCUGGUGUUUGCGCUGCACCAUUACAAACCCACCCCGCUCUAUGUCAUGGAUGAGAUUGAUGCAGCUCUGGACUUUAGAAAUGUUUCCAUCGUAGGCAAUUACAUCAAAGAGCGAACACGGAAUGCCCAGUUUAUCAUCAUCUCUCUGAGGAACAACAUGUUUGAGCUGGCAGACCGGCUGGUCGGCAUUUACAAGACCUAUAACUGUACCAAAUCAGUUACCAUCAACCCAGAGAAGCUGAGCCUGCCUCUUCAACCCAUCAAUGUCUGAGGAAAGCGUUUAUCAGGACGUCAGGUAGAAGAGACAUUUGACAUUGAGGAAUGUGCAGAUAUUGAACUUUCAUUUGGGAAUAUACAGCCAGUCUGUUUAUUAUUAUGUACUUCCAUUCUUUAAAUUUUUGUCAAUCGCCAAAUAUUGUGACAUUUUAUUUAUUGAAAUCAUCACAUUUACUUCAAACCAGUUUGGCUGUAUAAGUGGCUGACACAAAAUCAUCUGUGUGCGGUUGCUCUGGGGGCUAGUUUAUCCAAUGACCAUACAGAAAUAUAUAUGUACAUCACUUGUUGCCCCAUUUGUUACAUUCAGAAGAGAGAUUUCACAGCAGCAAUUUCCUUGCCUGGCUAAAUUAUCCAAACACACCACAGAUAACAUACCAAAAUAUGAAAUAAUCUGUAGAUUACUUCAUGUAAUGACAACAAAAUGCAAUCUGACUGGCUCUCUCAUUCGUUCUCUUACACCUCUGAUGACAUCAAACAUGCAAUCUCAAUGGCUAUCAUUCGUGUCUUUCAUUCAUCCAGUCACACCACAUAUAACAUCCAAAUGUGUAGUCUCAUUGGCUCUGUCAUUCAUCUAUUCACAACACAGAUCAAAUUCAAAUAUGAGUGGCCUCCGUGGCUCAGUUGGUUAGCGCGUUAGUGCAGCGUAAUGACCCAGAAGUCUCUCACAAUGCGGUCGCUGUGAGUUCAAGUCCAGCUCAUGCUGGCUUCCUCUCCAGCCGUAUGUGGGAAGGUCUGCCAGCAACCUGCGGAUGGCCAUGGAUUUCCCCUGGGCUGUGCCCGGUUUCCACCCACCAUAAUGCUGGCCGCCGUCGAAUAAGUGAGAUAUUCUUGAGUAUGGCGUAAAACACCAAUCAAAUAAAUACAUAAAUACAUUCAAAUAUGUAGUUUCAUUGGCUCUUACGUUCAUCUAUUCACAACGGAUAACAUUCAAAUAUGCAGUCUCAUUGGCUCUCUCAUUCAACCAAUCACAACACAGAUUCAAAUAUGCAGUCUUAUUGGCUCACAUUCAACCAGUCACAACACAGAUAACAUACAUAUACCAACACAUGUAAUCAAAUAAACAUUAGAUGUUAUAGCUGUGUAAAUACAACAAUUUUGGCCAGUGAAUCAUGUAUCAUGAUCAGAGAGCAGUAGUUUACGCCUGUGCUGUAGUAAAAUCUAUGUUAAGGUGGUGCCUGAAACUUUCAGUGGCCUACACAAUUUUGUGUUACACAAAGUACAUGUAUGGAGGAAAUUGUCUUGUACAUCUGCUUAUGUAUAUUACUUCCACAGAGUGGCAUUAGUCACACAGACUUCACGCAAAGCUGUUUUAGGAAUGUUUGUUCUGACCUACAGGCAUAAAAGGACCCACAAAGCAAAUGUUAUCUAAUUAAUCAAAACAAA